ACCGCCCGCACGGCCCAUCGUCAACCGCGCGCAGACUGCAACACCAACUCUCAUGGCAGGCCGGGCCUCGCCCACGGAAAGCGUAGCAUCAUCGAAAACACGAACUCCGAAACGACAGGCUCAGGCGAUAGACGAAGAUGCGGGCGAAGAAACGAACAUACACGUCGUCGUCCGUUGCCGCGGCCGCAACGACCGUGAAGUACGCGAGAACAGCGGCGUGGUCGUAUCCACAGACGGCGUGAAAGGGCGCAAAGUCGAGCUUUCAAUGGGACCGAGCGCGCUCAGCAACAAGACAUAUCAGUUCGACAAGGUCUUCUCACCUGCAGCGGACCAAGGGAUGAUCUUUGAGGAAGUCGUGGCGCCUAUACUGGACGAGGUUCUCGCGGGCUUCAACUGCACCAUCUUCGCCUACGGACAGACAGGUACAGGGAAGACAUACACUAUGUCAGGCGACAUCAUGGACACGCUACCUCUCCCAGAUGCGGCGGGUAUCGUACCUCGAGUGCUGCAUUGGCUGUUUGAGCGCCUGUGCGGUGACGGCACGCAAGAGCAGACGGAGAACAGUGUCAAGUGCUCGUUCAUCGAACUAUACAAUGAAGAGCUGCGCGACUUGCUUGCACCGGAUGAGGGUACAGCAACGAAGCUGAAGAUCUUCGACGAAGCCAACAAGAACGGACGCACGACGACGCUCGUGCAAGGCAUGGAAGAGAGCCAUAUCAAGAGCGCAUCGAAGGGUAUCCAGCUCCUCCGCGAUGGCAGUCGGAGACGGCAGGUUGCAGCAACCAAGUGCAACGACCUCUCUUCGCGAUCACAUACCGUCUUCACUGUGACGGUCUACAUGAAGCGCACCUCCGAGACGGGCGAGGAUUUUGUCUCGGCUGGCAAGCUCAAUCUCGUCGAUUUGGCUGGGUCAGAGAACAUACAACGCUCAGGAGCGGAGAACAAGCGAGCCGCAGAAGCUGGCUUAAUCAACAAGUCUCUACUUACACUAGGUCGCGUGAUAAACGCGCUUGUGGACAAGAGUAGCCACAUCCCAUACCGCGAGUCGAAACUCACGCGUCUACUCCAAGACUCUCUGGGCGGGCGGACGAAAACAUGCAUCAUCGCCACUUUAUCGCCAGCGAAAAGCAACCUAGAAGAAACAAUCAGCACACUCGACUACGCCUUCCGAGCGAAGAACAUCCGCAACAAACCCCAAGUCAACCAAAUGGUCUCCAAGAAAACCCUGCUACGAGAAUUCACCGCAGAGAUCGAAAAGCUCAAGUCCGACCUCAUUGCCACCCGCCAACGCAACGGAGUCUACCUGACCACCGAGACGUACGAAGAGAUGACAACCGAAUCCGAGAGUCGACGAAUCCUCGCCGCGGAGCAAAAGGACAAGAUCGAAACGAUCGAGAGCAACCUCCGUAACAAGGUACAAGAACUAUUCUCGUUGACGAACACAUUCCACAGCUUAAAGCGGGAUACCGAGCAGACCCGGAUGAUGCUGGAGGGCACGAAGAGCGUGUUAGAGAAAACGGAGAUCGUGCUUCACCAUACACGACAGCAUCUGGAAGAGGAAACGGAGCUGAGAGAAGCGCACGAGCGGACUGAGGAGCGGUUGGCGGCGGUGGGAGAGGAUUUAUUGGGGACGUUGGGGACGACGACGGAGCAUGUUGGGCGCUUGCAUGAGAAGUUGAGGCGGAGGUCGGAGUUGCAGGGUACGAAUCGGAUGAGGUGGAAGGAGUCGAGGAUGCGGGUUGUGGAGAGUACGGUUGGGGUGGAGGAGCGGAUUGAGGAGUUACGGUUACGGCAGCAAGGGUCGGUGAUGGCUUUGACGGAACGUAUGCGGGUGUAUGUGGAAGAUGAGCUGAGGGAGCUGCAGGUGUCUCGCGAUAUGCUGGCGACGAAGACUGCCGCGUUUGAGAGUUCGCAGGCAGAAGUCAUGGCGCAGCGGACUGAGUCGAAGGACGAAAUGGACCGUGUGUUGGAAGGCAUCGGUACGCUCCGCGCAGAUGUGAAGGACAAGGUCGGUGAAGGCUUGAACCAUCUUUCUGCGGCUGCACAGCGAAUCAGUGCCGGCAUUGCUGCCGAGUUGGACGGUUUCCACAGUCAACUGCAGGACGCCUAUGCCUCGUUAGGCAAGGAGUUCAAAAAUAUCUUCGACGGCCUGAUCAAGCGGAUGAGCGAGCAGCAAGAGGAGGUGCAGCGGUUGCGGCAACAGAUAAGGCAGGCUAACGCAACGUUCGUUGAGGCUGGCCAAUUGUCGCAGCAACAGCUGCAAGAGGCUGUCCAGAAUGAACGCCAGAUCGCUGCGUCUGAGCGCGCGGAGAUGCUGGCUAAGAUCACAGAUGUCGUUAAUUCUUCUGCGACCGCGCAAGAGGAACGGAUGGCUGGCUACCUCGAAACAGCGAAUAAGCGCAUCAAGACUUCCGAAGAUACAUACCAGGCCGCGCAGCAGGCGUACGACAGCGGGAUGAACUCUUGGUCGGCAAACGCUCAGACGCUGACGGAGUCGUCUGUGAAAUCACGCGAGACUGUCAAGACGAAAUUGAGAAGUGACUGGGCACGCGCUCACGAGCGGACGAGCAUGCUCCAGGACACCACGAGAACCGUCCACGACGAGACCGUCCGCAUUGUGGAAGGCCAGAUGCAGCAAAUGGAUCACCAGCUCACCGCCCUCGACGAGAUCGUCACCCGAGUCCGUACGCAGAACGAAGAGGGCCACGCCGCGCACGCCCGCACGCUUGAGCGACUCGCCGCAGACGUACAGGAAAGCUACCACAGCGUUGGACAACACUUCGAGACGUCCUAUAAGCGUGUCAGAGCCGUAGGCGCGGAUAUGAGUGAGCGUGCUACGGAGCUGUCUCACACCGCGAACAAGACGCUCGCGGCGGAAGGCGGAGUGCGACAAGCACUGUCUCACCUCCGCUCGGACGUCGAAGCGGCAGAGAUGAUGGAGUAUACCGUGACGGGCGAGACGCCAGCGAAGAGGGAGUACACCUACCCCACCGUUCUUCCGCGGACAGAAACGCACGAGAGCAUCCUUAACCGGCUUCGUGGCGUCUCUUCUCCGCCUGACGAAGUGGAAAGAGUGAAUCAACGACCAUCCUCACCGGUGAAAACAUUACCGAGCAAACGGCUGCUGCGCUCACCAACCAAGCCGACGUCGACGUCAACAGGAACGAUGAAAAGCAGUCCUACCAAACCUCCACCCAGCCCAAGCAAGACCCAAGUCUUCACCGACCACGCCACUACCGGCAUGGACACACCUCCCCUCCUCACCCGCCCCGCCUCGGCCCCCACCAGCCGCCCGCAAACAGCAAGUUCCACGCACAGUCUGCGCGAACUCGACGCGAACGUGGCGCUCUCUACAGGCUUCGUCGGCGCUGCACAGGCGGGGGCUGGGGGUGGGAAUGGGACUGUCUCCACCGGCGCAGAGGGUGGUGUUGAAAGCAAGGACCCCCUCACUUGCGCAGUCGUCGCUGCUGCUCCUUCGAUGAAGAAACGCUCUGCUAAUCUAAUCGGAGAUGUACAGGUGCAGGGAGAUGCCUUGUUGGGUGUGCCGACGAUGACGAAGCGGGGGGUUAGGAUGACGGUUGCUGGGGUAGGGUUGGGGAUGGGGGUGGGAGAGGGGAGGGAGAAGGAGAAGGAGAAGGAGAAUGUUGCGCCUGGGGGUGCAGGGAGGAGGUUGAGGAGUCGGGGGAGUGAUUGAGGCAAGCAGGAAGCUGGUGGUGUUCACCUUAAAGCGGAGGAGUAAAUGUGUAGUGAGUGAGUACUGUGGGGGUUUUCGAGCUUCCCGCUCCGGCGCGUCGGUAUGAAAUAGCAUGCCGCUUCUUAAUCGAUACCCGACCGUUCUGGAAAUUUCAAUGGUUACUUAUCAUUGAAAGUUCCACCGUGGUUUGUUAGUUAUGAUCGCGUGGACCGGUGAAAAGCCACGCUAUUCGACUCCCGACACGCUG